AUGUCUGAUCCACAGGAAGGAGAUAUAGUUCUUCUAGGUGGUGAUACCGCUAACCAAGGCAGGAUUGAACUUUACCACAACGGUAGCUACGGUAAUAUAUGCAGUGUCAGAUGGGGCUUCAGAGAUUGUGCAGUUGUUUGUCGGUCAUAUAAUUACCGAUUAUGUUACAACUACUAUCGACGGAGUGAAUACGGGGUGGGUAAUGGUUCCAUGCUGAUGUAUGAUGUUAAAUGCUCUGGCUACGAAACCACGUUAAGUGACUGUGAACAUAGUGGAUGGGGUAACCUAACAGAUGAUUGCUACGAUGGAGUUAACAUAGCUGGCGUGGAUUGCAGAGACACUGCUCUAGAUAUACGCUUAAUUAAUGGACAAUAUCCAAACGAAGGGCGGGUGGAAAUGUUUGACAAGGGAAUGUGGGGAAUAGUCUGUGAUUCCGGAUGGGACAUUGAUGACGCCACGGUUGCCUGCCGCCAAAUUGGAUACACGUCUGCUGUUGAAGCAUUUUCUGGACCUGAAUUUGGCUCUGACAAUGAGCAUGUGUAUGCUAACGGUAUGGAUUGCUUGGGAUCUGAGGAUACGCUGAGUGAUUGCAUACAUAAAGGGAUCGGCAGAUCGGGUACCUGUAAUGCAACUGCCGGUGUUCGUUGUUCCGACGAACUAAUUGAUUCUAGUGUGCCUGAUGGCGUGGUGGAAAUGAUUAAUGACAUAAUUGCUCAGCAAUUCCCUGAAUUAGAAACCCUUACAGAUGACGAAUUCAAGUAUUUCUCGACAGUGGACGAGGAUGGUGAUCAAACCAUAGAGGGGGUGAUUAUCAAGUCAUCUGGCAAAACAAUGGACCUGACUCCCGUUACAAACGAUCGGAACGGAAUAGCGUUUACAGUAGAAGCAAAUAUGAACGAUACAAUUGGAAUAAUUGCGGCUAUAUUCAGCUCUGAAAAGGCAUCACUACCAUUUCAAAGCAGCCUUGCGAACUCAUAUAUUGCAAGUGACCUGGUCUCUCUCAACGUUUACGAUGCUGAAGGAAAUCCAACACAGAAGGCGAAACCCUAUAUAGUUUUUCCUUCUUUACACGUAAACGAAUCAAUUGAUCUUAAAACCAUGGAACCAGUUUGCGCUUUCAUCGACGAAGCCACAACCCCAAUUGAAUGGUCGGACGAUGGUUGUGUAACAAUAUCAAAUGAUUCUCUUACCACGGAUGUAAUUUGCUCGUGUGAACACUUAACGUCAUUUGCAAUUCUCAUGCAGACUAAUACGGAGAUAGAGAUAGAGGACAAGGAUGCAAUGUUGGGGCUAGAGGUCAUUACGUACGCAGGGUUGUCAAUAUCAAGCGUGUUCCUGCUAUUUACCAUCUGUAUAAUAUGCUCGUUCAGGUUUGAAUAA